AUGGAAGCUAAUGUUUCUUGUUAUACUUUGACAAGUGAUUUCUCGUCUAUCUCGUGUGGUGAUGUGAUAGAACGUCGCGAUUCCUCUGAGGAAUAUGAAAAAGAUGUGAAAUUGGCAAAACCUAGCCGCCAAACUGGCCUUACGGAAGACAAAAUGAAAUCAGCAAUUAAAUCUAAACAGGGAGAUCACAAUUAUUUGGAUCAUAUGACUCGUUCCACAGGCACAAAACUUAUAUUUAGAGCUCCCCCGCGACAUCUUUCAGAUCUAAUGUACAUUGAACAUUACGAAAAUGGAGGUGGUUAUGCAUUGCAUGCGUAUGCUGAAGAGCUUGCUCAUUUAUCACCGGAUGAGCUUAAUAUUUUGGUCAAGAAGUACUUUCGUACUCUUUUCGGCGAGCGAAGAAAGAAGGGCAUACCUGUUCCGUUUUCUUACUACUGUAUCGGAGUUGUGCAUGGAGCAGCAAGGUCUUUUCCUGAGCUAGUUAGUUAUAUGGCUAAAAUGCAUGCUGAUAUGAUAGUUUCUACUAAUACCUUGGAACUGAAAAAUUCCUAUCAAACAAUGACUAUGAGUGAAUACGCCACAAAUGUUUUCAAAACCUAUUCCCAUGGUCUUUUUAGGUAUGGACCGAUGCAUGCAGUAAGUAUUGUCGGAGUCAAAGGAGAAGAGAGGGGAGAGCAUUGUACUGAUUUGCUGAACAAACUCGAGGCUGAUCCCUUCCUAAGUAUGGUCACGCCUUGGAGCAGUUUGUCCAAAUUUGCCGGAUGUUUGCCGUCGGAAAGCAAUGAUGGUCCAAUCCUAUGGACACGCCAUGGUGAGCAGGCCGUUCCUGUUCAAUCUGCUUCGAUUAUUUCGAAAAGAAAGGCUCCAUCUUGCACCGAAAUUGACAUAUCUGACUUGCUCACCUCACCUCGGGUCGGCGUUCGGAGGCAGAUUGUUGUGUAUGAUAGAACACCCUGUCAUGCUGACCACGCUGACGACGGCUUAUUGCGUCACACCACCGCGGCCGUUGGUCUUCUAAAGGCCGUCAAUCCUCCGACUUCAUCUUUCAACUCUUCCCUUAUUGUCCCUUCAUUAACUCUUCCGUCAACAGAGCUUCUGUUGCCUGACAGCGGUAACCAUUAUCAGAAAGGAGUAUUUCCGCCCAGCAGAGUACUUAAGGAUGUGGUUGUCUUCGACCCUAGACAUUAUCCUGAUUUAGUUAAACGCCUUCAGCUGGACAUAAUGGAGCCGCCAGCAAGCCAGGUAGUAGAGCUAUUGGAUUCGGCUACAAUAAUGUUGCUUUGUUGGCUAUAUCUAUUUUUUGUUAAGUGUGAUAAAAAAUAA